CCCCUCAACCCGGCCUGCAAGGCCAAUCUUGCCUUAUUCUGCCUGAGUUGAAGAGGCCACAGCUUAGGAAGGAUGCUGCCUGCCACGCCUGCUGCUUGGACCAGCUGAUAGCUCCCACCCCGGCCAUGGGGUCCUUAUCAUUCCGCCUACUGCUGCUCCUCCUGGCACAGGGGCCACCUUCCCUAGGGGAGUUGUGGCAGUGUCCACGCAUCCCGUAUGCUGCCUCCCGAAACUUCAGCGUCGAGUACGUGGUGCCCAGUUUUGAGGCUGCUGCCCCCAUCCAAAGAGUGGUAGCCUAUGACGAAGGGCGGGCCAUCUUUGUGGCCACUAGGAACCAUCUGCACAUGCUGAAUGCCAGGCUGGAGCUGCUCCAGACACUGGUCACAGGCCCCGCCGGCCACCCCAGCUGCGAGUCCUGCACAGCAUGUGAGGGGUCAGAGCCCUCACUGCCCGGCGGAGACACAGACAACGCCGUGCUCGUCCUGGAUCCUGAUCUACCCUGGCUCUACAGCUGUAGCUCCUCCCUGCUGGGUCGAUGUUUUGUUCAUGAGUUGGAGCUUCGUGAUGGGACAGUCCACUUGGGCCAGACCUCCUGCCUCUGGUCCACUUCAGACAACAGUCCUCACGAUUGCCCCGACUGCGUAGCCAGCCCGCUAGGCACCCAGGUGACUGUGGUUGAGCAAGGCCGGUCUUCUUACUUCUACGUGGCCUCCACCCUGAACCAGACGGUGGCCGCCCGCUAUAGUCCCCGAUCUGUGUCCAUCCGCAGACUCAAAUCAAAUUUCCAAGGCUUUGCCCCGGGUUCCCCUGCUCUGUCUGUGCUGCCCGAAUACCUGGCCACCUAUCCCAUUGAAUACGUCUACACCUUCAGCUCUGGCGGCUAUGUCUAUUUCCUAACAGUUCAGCCAGAGUCCUUGAAAGUUUCUACCACUUUCCACACUCGAUUAGUGCGACUUAGUGCGACUGAGACGGAUCUGGGGGAAUACCGAGAGCUGGUCCUCGAUUGCCGCUUUUCUUACAAGAGGCGGCGCCGAAGAAGACAGGUGGCCAACACCGAGGAGGAAACAUAUAAUGUGCUUCAAGCAGCCCAUGUGGCCCGCGUGGGGUCUUCACUGGCAACGGAUCUAGGUGUCCCCGAGGGCCAGAAAGUGCUGUUUGGGGCCUUUGCGGUGAGCCAGGAGGGAGCCGAGUCCCCCACCACAACGGCUGUUUGCGCCUUCCCCAUAACCAAACUGAAUGAGUUCAUUGACAGUGGCAUGGAGAGAUGCUGUGGGUCUCAGGCCAACCAGAAGCGUGUGGAGCGAGGAAUGGAGUUCUUUCAGCCCCAAAGCUACUGCCCAGAUCCGCCUAAAACAACAUCUCUGGGCUCCAAUGUGAGCUGCUGGAACUACCCCACAAUGAUCCCCACCAACCACCCCCGAGUGGACCUCCUCAAUGGACACCUAGACAGCGUUCUCCUUACAGCCAUCCACGUUAUCCAUCAGGGCAAUGCUACUGUGGCACACAUGGGCACUGCUGAUGGGCGCAUCCUACAGGUGAAAUUGUUCAGGUCACUCAACUACCUGCUCUACGUGUCCAACUUUUCCUUGGGCUCCUCCCAGCCUGUGCAUCGAGAUGUCAGCCGCCUUGGGGACCACCUGCUCUUCAGCUCUGGGAAUAAAGUCUUCAAGGUGCCAAUCAAGGGCCCUGGCUGCCACCACUUCGUGACCUGUAGAAAAUGCCUGACAGCUGAGCACUUCAUGGGCUGUGGUUGGUGCGGGGAUGUCUGUGCCCGGCAAGAGGAGUGUCCAGGUACUUGGCAGCAGGUGUCCUGCCCACCUCACAUUACUGAGUUCCACCCCAAAUCUGGACCCACAAGGGGCAGCACGAAACUGACGUUAUGUGGCACUAACUUCUACAGCCAUUUCCAGGAUGUGGACUCAGAGGCUCCCCAGAAAGUCACUGUGGGCCAGAGCCUCUGCAAGGUGCUGCCCAUGGCUACCUCCCACCUGAGCUCCAAGAAGGACUACGUGGAACAGCUAGAGUGUUUGCUGGAGGCCUCAAGUUCCCAGGCUCCUGGUCCUGCCAAAGUCACCCUGACCGUCCCUGGGAUAGCUUCCAAAUUUCAGUUUCAACUAAAUGGGUCUUCUGUCCUGAGCGGCUUCUCCUUUGUGGAGCCAGUGGUGACAUCCAUUUUGCCCUUGUUUGGCCCUUGGGCUGGUGGUACUGAGCUCACCAUCAGAGGGCAAAACCUGAAUGUGGGGUCCAGUCAUCGGGUGUUGAUUAACGGUACUGAGUGCCGCCUUAAAAAAAUGGAUGAAGAGAAGCUUCAGUGUAGCACGCCCCCAGGAGGGGACCAGGCCAACGUCUCCAUCAGCUUGUACAUUGGGGAUGCUCAGAUCCCUACCCCUUGGCUCUUCCAGUAUCGGAACAAUCCCCAAAUCUUCAGCAUCUCCCCUAAUUGCAGCUAUCCUGGCUCCCGUAUUACUAUCCGGGGCCAGAAUCUGGAUGCCAUCUGGCGGAUGACUACCACCUUCACAGAUGGGCACACAGAAAUGGAGAACCUGGAAUGCAACAGUACGACUCUCUCCACUGAACGUGUGUGCCUGGCUCCUGACUAUACUAAUCUGCCAGGCCCGGGGCAGGUACAGGGCAAUCUGAGCAUCGGUGGGGAUGGCUCCAUCCUCUACAUCAGCCCCAACUUCCCAUUCUACCCCAAGCCCCUACUCCAUUCUCUGCCAGGUCCUCUGAAGAUUGAGCAGGGCACUGUGGAAGUAAAGUUUUUUGGACUGAGCGCUGUGGCCUCCUGCAUGGAUGUGAACAUGACUGUGGGUGGCCAGAGUUGUCGGACCAACCUGAAGAAUAUCCCUGUGAUCUGCUAUAUUCCUCCUACCCUGCACAUCCCCCAUCAUGGAGUUCCCCUGAAGGUCUGCAUUAAUGGGCAAUGUUGGCACGUUGGGGACGUGAUACAACGCUCCCAGUUCCCACAAGUCUUCAUCGUUGUGUUCUUAAUCGUCGUCAUCACGCUGGUGGUGUGCUUCCUAUCCUUGGUGCUUUUCAGGUUGUGGAAGAAGAAGAUUAAGAGGCAGGAAAUCUCUCUUUACAUGGACCCACCAGGGUCUCUGGACAGGAAUCAUCAAGCUGUCUCCCUGCCCCUGCUCCGAUCAGGCUCUGAUUACAGGAACGGCAUUGCCCUCAGCCCCACAGGAGAACCUGGCCAUCUUCAGGUUACAUCAUCCACAGGCAACAGCAGUACUUCUGGGAUUCCCCUCCUUAGGGUGAAGUCCAUCUGUGUGGGGGAACUGAGUUCAGACCUCCUGACUGAGGUGAAAGAUGUCCUCAUUCCCCCAGAGCGGAUCCUUACACAUGAGGACCAAAUCAUUGGCAAAGGCCACUUUGGAAUUGUCUACCAUGGGGAAUAUGUGGACUCUUCCCAGAAUCGGAUCCAUUGUGCCAUCAAAUCACUGAAUCGUAUCACAGAGAUGGAGGAGGUGGAAGAGUUCCUGAGGGAGGGCCUGCUUAUGCGCAGCUUCUGUCACCAGCACGUCCUGUCCCUUAUUGGCAUCCUGCUGCCCCCUGAGGGCCUCCCCCGAGUGGUGCUGCCCUACAUGAAACACGGGGACCUGCGACACUUCAUCCGUUCCCCCAAAAGGAACCCCACAGUGAAGGAUCUCAUUGGCUUCGGGUUGCAGGUGGCCCGAGGCAUGGCCUACCUGGCUGAGAAGAAAUUUGUUCAUAGGGAUCUCGCAGCUCGGAAUUGCAUGCUGGAUGAGACAUUUACAGUAAAGGUGGCUGACUUUGGCCUAGCCCGAGACAUCUUAGACAAGGAGUACUACAGCAUCAGAAGGCACCGUCAUGCCCGGCUACCAGUCAAAUGGAUGGCCCUGGAGAGUCUGCAGACAUACAAAUUCACUACCAAAUCAGAUGUGUGGUCCUUUGGGGUCCUACUUUGGGAGCUGAUGACUCGAGGGGCAUCCCCAUAUCCCAACAUCGACCCCUUUGACAUUACCCAUUUCCUGGCACAGGGCCGACGCCUACCCCAGCCUGAGUACUGUCCUGACGCCCUGUAUAAAGUGAUGCUCCAGUGCUGGGAUCCUGUCCCCUCAGAGCGGCCAGCCUUUGGGGUGCUGGUGAGGGAGGUGGAGUGUGUCUCGGCCUCCCUACGGGGUGAACAUUACGUCAACUUGCACAGUGGCUACGUGAACCUGGAGUGUGGCCCUAUCCUGCCUCCCUGCCCCAGCUCUGAAGAUGAGCUGGACCAGAGUGAGGAGGAAGAGGCAGAACCUGAGGGCUCAGGGAAGAAUGCUGAAGCAAAGGAGGCUUACGAGCGAAGGGGGGGUCCCCGGCCGCUCUCGGCCCCUCCCCUCACUUUCCACACGCCGGAGAGCUCUUCAUGACAACAGCUGUUGGGAAGGAUGAUGUCUGAGUCGGGACAAGGACUUCCCCAAAAGGAGGAGACAGCCUGGAUCUGGGAGCCCAGCCUGGGAACGCAGAGUGGGCAGCUCAGGGAAACUGGGUGAAGAGAGAGCAGGGCCUACAAAAAGAGCCCCUGGCCUGGCCCACGGUUGGCUCUCCCACUCAAGGCUCCUUUGCUCUUGGUGCUCAGGGAGAAAUGCAAACAAAACAUUUCAAGGCCCUUUGUGGCUGCUGUCCAUGUUCAGGAGCCCUGGCCCAGCUCCUUGCUUAUAAUCCUGGUUAUUAAGGGACAGGGAAGGUCAUCCAUCCCCUCCUUCCCUCUGAGGAAAGAACAGGGACAUGACCCUUUUCAAAUGGUGUGAAAACCGAGGCACAGAGCUGUCGUUCACCAGCUCUAGUACCUACAGAGGAGCAGGGGUAAAGCACAGGCCCCCUAUCUCCCUUCUUGUCUCUGAUAGGAGGAGGGGCGUGAAUGGCAAGGAGAAGGCGGUCCCUGGGUUGUAAUCACCACCUCAUUUCUUUGGAGACCUUUUUAUACGUCCAACCAGCCUGGGGAAGGGCUAGCCUUAGAGGGUGUUUGAGAGUCCUUCCUGGCCCCAAGUAGCUCCUCCCACCGCUGCCUGAAUUUCCACCAUUAUAGUUUCAUUCAUUUGAAGUUAUGCGGUGCCCUCCCUUGGCCUUUCUUUGAAAAUACAGAUUGUUCUGGAGUCCACCUUCUGCAGGAAUAAUCCUUCCCCAGUCCUCCUUAAUCUGAGUGUCCUCCCUCUGAUACCACUCUCCUGUUUAUCCUGUCUCUGUCUUGUUUGUAUAUAUAUGUGUCCACAUGUUGUCUCCGUCAUUAAAUUAUGAGUUCCUUGGGA